CUACCUUCAUACCUGCGUACCUCAACAAAUCUUACUUCCUUUCCUUUCUUCGCUUUUUUGUUUCAACAAAUUCUUUGUCGACAAGGACAAAUCCAAUCUAUCGUAAUGGAUGCAAUCUCGAAAAUGAAGGCUAAAUAUCUGCGUAACUGUUGGGUUCCUACAGAAGGCUCUCAAUGGACAAAGAUGCUUAUUCGGAAUCUUGACCAUGAGUAUAGCAUGUGUCCACCUGAGCUCUUUAAAGGAAGAACAUCUUUCCGGAUGGUGUACUUCCGUGAAGAUGGAUCAAGUGUUGCUGGCAUAAUCAACGGACAAGAGAAAGUCAUCUUGUCUAAAGAACAGAUCCAAUCUGACCAAGUGAUUGCCGUGGAACUCGAAGAGGCACUUGCAAAGUGGAGACGUGUUGAUUCGCAAGCAACGAUUGCAUCGUGGAUGAUUGCCUUACUUCCGGCUGUGUAUGUUUAUGCUAAGGGUUGAUGAAGUCCUGGAUGAUGAAGUAGAGAGAUAGAGUGUGGGAGACAGCAGGGUUUGAGGCAAGACUAUUUUGGAUCAUGAUGCGAUGCUUGCAAGGUUUUGUUGAUGUAUUCCUAGCCAUUCAACAUGUCGAUCGCAUCAUCCAUCCCGACUAACAUUCGACCUUUUAUACGAUGUCCCUG